AUGGCGUCCGAGCCAGCAGCAGAUACACUGCCAGAUCAGAUCAGCCCUCAUUAUGUGGUUUUCAUUGGCGUUGGGGCAAUGAUGACAUUCCUGUCUACCGCGUCGGUGGCUAUCCGGUUUGUUUCUCGAGUCCUCACCAUUUCCGUGAAGUGGGAUGACUGGGCAUGCCUGGGAGCACUGGUCUUUGCCUACGGCUUCAUGAUUACGACGGUUGUGGUCGCAAUAGUUGGACGAGCUGGGUACCACAUAGCCCAAUAUGACGCCCACACACUGGAAAAGUAUCUCCAGAUUGCUCUUGCAAACAACAUACUGUACAACAACAGUGUUUCGCUGGCAAAAGUAUCAAUCCUUCUCUUCUACAGACGCAUAUUCGCCGUGUCACGUCUGUUUACCAUCGUAUUCUGGGCCUUGGGUGCUCUUAUUGCCGGAUAUUGGUUCUCAGCAGUUGGCGGCCUCAUUUUCUCCACCAACCCGAUCGACGCACAGUGGAAGGCGUGGAUUCCACACACGAAUAUUAAGGACAAGACGUUUUGGAUUGCCAUGGGUAUUGCUAAUAUCCUGCUUGACUUUACUCUGCUGUGUAUACCGCAGCCUUUUGUCUGGAGAUUGCAUCAGACGAGGCAACGUAAACUCCUCCUUUCUUUGGUCUUUUGUUUAGGUGGAUUUGUUUGUGUUACGAGUAUAGUGCGUCUAUAUUACCUAGCGACAGUCAGCAUGGACGACCUGACCUGUACGCUCACGACACCUGGGAUUUGGACCCUGGUCGAGACAAACAUGACCAUUAUCUGCGCUUGUCUACCGACAAUUCCUGGCCUGGUGCAGUAUUUGAAGCGCUGCUCCGACACCAACGGCAGCAGCAAAAGAUCCAAUGCCUAUCUUGUCCCGUCAGCGAAAAAGUUCCUUUUUGAUUACGGUCGUUUCAACAGGUCUCCCAAGUCGUCUUCGACUCAGGGUCUAUACACCGAUAUUGAGGCCGGGUGUCCUAGUGAAAACUUCCAGUUGGGAGAUGUUCGGUCUGUACAUGUGCAGACUGACCUGCAGGUGAAGUGGGAUAAUCGGUCAGGUCCUUGA